CACACACCACUCUCUCUGCUCUCUCUCUCAGAUAGGCAGCACAGACGUGGGCAGAGUGUGGGGGUAUAGGAAGAGGAGAGAGCAGGAGGGUAGGUAGUAGUGUGUGUGAGGCUGUCAGACAGCAUGGUCUGGGUCUGAGGACAGCACAGGAAGACGCAGCAGCAGCAGCAGCAGCAGCACCAGCAGCAGCACCAGCAGCAGCCUCCAGAUCUCCAUGUAGACCAGUGUGGUGACAUCCACAGAUCACCUGGACCACAGCACCCACCCAGGACAACACCCACCUCUUCCAGGGAAGCAAGAGGAGGAGGAGGAAGAGGAGUACGAGGGGGGUGGGUCUGUUUAUCUUCUUUUUUUUUUUUAAUUUCUUUUCUCAGUUUUUUGGUUUUGGGAGUAGGCUCCGGGCUGGACCGCAUGCAUGACACAACGCAAAGGCGAGAAACCCACCAUCAGCAUCCAGGAGCACAUGGCCAUUGAUGUGUGCCCUGGCCCCAUCCAGCCCAUCAAGCAGAUCUCUGACUACUUCCCCCGUUACCCACGGGGCCUCCCCCCUGCUGCGCCCCACGCCGGGUCCCUGCGCUCUGCCCUCUCCACCUCCUCGGCCGCCGCCACUCCCGAAAGUGACCGCCCCAAUGAGGACAACCCAGACCGGGCUUGUGCCGGAGCCUCCGCCUCCUUACAGGCCGGCAGGAGGGACGAGGAGCCUGAUGUGGAGGGAUACGACUCAGAUGACUCAACCACACUGGGGACCUUGGAAUUCAGUUUGCAUUAUGACCAGGAGAACAAUGCGCUGCACUGCACCAUUAACAAAGCCAAGGGGCUCAAGCCGAUGGACCACAAUGGGCUGUCAGACCCGUAUGUCAAGUUGCACUUACUGCCCGGCGCCAGCAAGGCCAAUAAACUUAGAACCAAGACCCUGCACAACACACUCAACCCUGUCUGGAGCGAGACCCUGACCUACUACGGCAUCACUGAUGAGGAUAUGGUCCGCAAAACACUCAGGAUUUCAGUGUGUGAUGAGGACAAAUUCCGCCACAACGAGUUCAUCGGGGAAACGCGAAUCCCCCUCAAGAAGCUGAAGCCCAACCAAAUCAAAAACUUCAACAACUGCCUGGAGAAACAGUUACCUGUCAACAAGACAGAAGACAAGUCCCUGGAGGAACGAGGACGCAUCAUGAUUUCUCUGAAGUACAACACCACAAAGUCCUGCCUGGUGGUGGGCAUCAUACGCUGCGCUCACCUCGCCGCCAUGGACGCCAACGGCUUCUCUGACCCCUACGUCAAAACGUACCUGAAGCCUGACGAGAACAAAAAGUCAAAGCACAAGACUGCUGUGAAAAAGAAGACACUCAAUCCCGAGUUCAACGAGGAGUUCUGUUAUGACAUUAAAUAUGCAGACCUCACCAAAAAGACCUUGGAGGUGACUGUGUGGGACUACGACAUCGGCAAGUCCAACGAUUUCAUAGGUGGCGUAUCUCUGGGUAUCAAUGCAAACGGAGAGAGGCUCAAACACUGGUUUGACUGCCUCAAAAACAAGGACAAGAAAAUUGAGCGCUGGCACACGUUGACCAAUGAAUUACCUGGUUCUUUAAAUGACUGAAGACCCACAUCCUGUCCUGUCGUCCAACCAGUUGCCCCCUCCCCCCGUUCCUCCCUGGCUGCACCAGAUCGGACUCCUGCCUUCAUUUUCCUGACUCCUCCACUCAGCUCUUCUUCUUUGGAGUUUUUCCUCAUGUUGGCCACAGCGACCUGUGACACUCCUCUUUGGGAAUCUAUUCCCUCUCAACAGGGCUCAACUAAAACAAAUAUCCAAAACCUUAUGCUUGUGUUCCACAACACUUUCACGUAUACAAUAGGAUUUUCAUUUUUCUCUUUUAUUUUACUUUAAAGAGAAAUUCAAACAACCAAAUCAAUCAAAGGGGUCGGUGGUGAAUUUCCAAGCCUCAUAAUUCUGUAUGAUCAGUGAAGAAAAAAGGAGAAAACGCCUUCGAUUCAAUUAGAGCUUGUACAGCAGUUAAUAAUUUACCAGUGAUUGACCUGAAACAGCACAAAUAAAGCCUGUGGCUGUGAAGUAAAACAGAACUUUAAAAGAGUAGAGAUCCUAACAAAGGAUGUAGCAGCAUUUCAUACUGUUGGAGUGUGCAGAAAAGUUUAGUGGAACAGUUGUCAUCUUCUCAAGCAAACCCUCCAUGUUCAGUCUGCUUGACACUAAUAUUCAGUGUCGUAGAGGAGCAGCUGAAGAAACGAAUCGACCGCACAUUUGAAGGUGUUGCACUUCAACACGAUCGUAAAACCGUUGGGUAGUGCAGGUCCCGCUGUCGUUCACCCCUCGAGUAGGUGGCUCCCACGGCAACAAGAAGUUUGUUUUCUCCUGUAGUUUCAGUCAUCCGGCCACGUGAGAACAACGUCAUAGGAACAGAGAACCUCCUUAAAGUAAUUAUAAUUUAUUAAGCCCUGAGAAGGCUUCAAACAAACAGCGUUUGUGCUGCCCGAUCGAGACGGCGCGUCCAAACAGCUUCAUCCGUCAAACAUGAACGUUGUGUUCAGGUGACAAACACCUCUAGCAGCUGCAGGAAUUAUGAGUCCUGUCCGCCGAGAGCAAAAGGUAAUAAUGACGUUAUUAUUAUGACCAAACCAAAUGUAAAUACAGCAGAAAGGCACUGACAUAUUAUGUGGCGGUGCAGACGGGUGUCAGACUGUAUCAAACAGAAUGUACAGAUGCUUAUACUGUAAGUACUUUGCCAUUUAAUUUGCAGGAUUUGUUGGUCUGACUGCAUCUAAAGGCAAAAGUGUUAAAGCUUAUUCUGAAUAUUCACACAGGAAGGAGAAAAGGUCUGCAGUCAUAGCCUCCUCCUGGUUGCAUCGCACUACCUCCCUCAUCCGUCUCCUACAACUGUGUCUUUUCUUUCUAUAGCCUUGACACCAUGAAUCGUACAAAUGGAUAUAACUUCUGCAUAAUCAGCAGACCAGAUGUAUCGUAGGUAAUCGGGCUCGAGGAGACUGCUACGUUUACAGUUUUCCACUCACUGUGACAGAGAACAACGAUCCCAUUCAGCAGAAAGUUUCCAGCGGAGACGUCCUUGUGAAAUUUGAUUAAGUUUACAAAAGGAAACACACUGUCACUCUCCAUUCAGUAUCUCCAUAGCUGCCGAAGCACCAAAAUACAGUUGCAUUUUUAAGGAGGAACGAAUCAGCUACUGUGUCUACAGACUCUUACCAUAACCCCUUAACACAGCAUUAUACAUCUGCCUUUAGAUGAGACAACAAGCAUUUUGUUUCAAGUAUACCGAGGCCUUCACUCCUUUAGAGGGAUAUAGCUCCAUAAUCAGACAAAACAACCCUCAAAAUGCAAGGCAUGAUGGGUAUAAGGAGAUGGAUGUUGGUAGCUUAACUUCUACUAGAGGAUUUCAGGACGACCGAUGGCCCAGUAAGCAAACUGUCUGGCCGGUGUCAACUGAAUAAACCAAUGCAAAAAUCAACUUCACAUAAACUCCUCCUCAAGGCUUCAUACAGAAAGUAUUCAUGACAUUACAAACACCGAUUCCCUGUGUGUCUCUGUGUAGACAAAUCAAUAUGAACUAGGUGUCAAAGCGCCACCUACUUGGAUUACUCACUGAUUUUUUUCAGUGUCAUCCCCUAAACUACAGAGCUGCCUAGUGUGGUAAUCCUGACCUGAUCGCAAGUGUUUCGUCCGUUCAGUUUCCAGACUACAAAAUGCCGGUUUCUUCUCUAACAGUGAAUAACUAAAUCACAUAUGCAUUUUGAAGUUUAACUCAAAUCUUGGUGAAUCAAGGGCACAAGGCAGCAGUGUUGUUUUCGAUCAGCUGGCUGCAAGUCUGUGGUCGAAAGUGAUUUUUACUCGCGUCUUAUGAGAGAAUGCAGAUGAAAUUUCUGAUGAAACGGCCGUGCACGGUGUUCGCAGGGUGCCACCGAGUCACACUGGAAGAACAGACGGCGAGCCAAAGGAGUGCAGUAGCUGCUGUGAGCCUGAAGAGAGGUCACGGAUGUAAAAGCAGAUCUGUAUAUGCACCUGAUAAUUCUGAUGAUCUGUGGAUAAUUUCAGCACAGAGGUGGAAACAUUCGCCCUCGCUGUGCACGGUAAUCACGCAGCCUUAUUUUUGCUGUGUGGAAGGUAGAGAGCCUGCUUGAUGGAGACCGUCUGUAAUCAACAGCGGGGUGAAGUUCAGUGGGUGACCCGCCUGGUGAAAAUCACUUGUCGAACCACAAUACCACAUGAUUGAGCAGCUCUGUGAUGUGCGUGCGCUCAGCUUAUUGUUUACACUACAGAAAAUGAGUUUCCACACACACACACACACACACACACACAUACACACACACACAAAAAACCCCAGCAGGCGGCGUUUUCAACCGUAAUGUGGAUGAAAAUGUUCCUGCUGUAUGUCAAAAGGGCAAAAUUUUAAAAGCAGAAAGUUUACGUCAAAUACACACAAACAAACAAACAAACAAAAAAAAAAGAAAAGAAAAAAAAAUACUUCUACUAAUAAAAAGCAUGUAUUGUUUACAACAACAGCCUGUUCUUGCUGAAGUUCAAGUUUGCUGCUGAAAGGGCAAACACGCCCUCGCUCAAGUCACUGCGAUUGUUCACUCGUGCAAUGCAAGCUUUGCUGAGGAGGGCCGAGGUGAGAAGGGCAGGAUUUUUAAUAUACUAGCCGUGUGCGUAUAUUGUUUCUAUGUUGCUGCAUACAUUUUGGAUUUAGAUUUUUUAUUUUGUUUGUUUGUUUUUGUUUGUUUUGUUUUGUUUUUUUCUUAUUGUAAGCAGCGCCACUAUAAAUGUAUCAAACAGAAUGUACAUGUUUAACCCUUUCUAUUCCACAGUAAACCCUCUGAGAAUGUGCGCCUUAGUGCUCUGUGUUGUUGAUAUUGUUCAUAUGUCAGGUCUCAAGUUCUGUAACACACACACACACACACACACACACACACACACACAUAUCUGGGAAUAGCGUUGGUUGAACUUGCAUCCCAGGAGCAAACUUCUUGUCAUACACUAAGAUAACUAAAAUUUCCCUCCCCCCCCCCGAGUCCCUGUGCAGUCCUGAAACACGACUAAAAACCUGAGUUGCCCUCACGGACCAGUAGGCUGGGAUGCAUGCCAUGUAUUUGUGAUUUUAUGAGUUCGAUUCUGCAGUAUAACCUUUUCCGCAUGCCCCCAACCCCCGACACCAACCUUUCCUCCUGAACCUCCACCGUGCGCUGACUGGUAACACAGAAACGCCACACAAAUCAGUCCUGGCGUAAACGUUCAGGAUUCCCGUCAGGCUCAGCUAACGGCUCUUUGUCACGACCUCACGUCGCCGCGAGUGAUAGGCCGGGCAUGUUUAUUUUUAAGGAGCAUGUCGACUCUGUUUUUAUGAUCAUCAUCAUUUAAAACUCGCUAAUUACAGUUGGUGGAUGGUCACAAACAGCCCCAGUGUCUGUGUUUUUAAUAUUAUUACCUUCUGAACCUGUAGUUUUAUUGUUGACGUAGUGUUAUUUUUUUUUCCUUCUCACACAACAUCUCAUUCAUUUUGAAGAAACUUUGACUUUGAUAGCUGAUAUUACGCCUUCAAAGCCGGGUAAUGAAAUGUUUAACGCAUCAUAUCAGGCCUCACAUCUUAGUUUUCUUUAAGUGUUAACAGCCUCUUCAGCCACAUUGAUUUGUGAGGCACAAAGCGGCUGUGAAACCUUGUUGGCAUCUCAAUAAACUCCUUGACACAACAGUGGUCUCUCUCUCUCUCUCUCUCUCUCUCUCUCUCUCUCUCUGUCUGAUGAAUAUGUAAUGAAUUCAACCAACGUGUGAUUUUGAUUUUGUAAUAUGUCUGCCUUUGUAUGCAAGCUCAAUAUUAUGGGGAGAAAAAAAACAAAAUCUGCAUGCAUAUGUUCUUGGUUUUGUCAUGAGAUGACUUUGCCUAAUGUUUGAUACUGUUUUCUGUAUUUAAAAAAAAACAAAAAACAAAACACACGACUGUGGACUCUCUAAGAUUAUGCUAUAAGUCAGUCUUUCUUCUGGACAACAUUUUGUACCUUUGAACACUAUCGCAUUGCCUGUUUGGCUGCUGUAUUGACUAUCUGGAAGCGUGACUUGAUGUGAAUUAAAAUCUCUCCUUUGUUGUUUUGUUUCCUUUUUAACACUCAGGCACUUGUUUGCAUUAUUCUGGUUUGUUGAAUGUAUGACUAUAAAUGAUUGUCCCAAAUUAUAUUUUAGUCCUAUGCCAAAUGGA